AUGAAGCGGCUCGGGCUGGUGCUCCUCGUCGCGUUGCUAUGGCAAUGCGGACACGCGCAGCAAAGAGGAUUAUUCCCGGCUGUUCUGAAUUUGGCAUCCAUGGCUGAUAUUACAACCAACGCUACGUGUGGUCAAUCCGAACCAGAGAUGUUCUGUAAACUAGUCGAACAUGUACCAGGUCGGCCUGUUCGAAACCCCCAAUGUCGAAUCUGUGAUCAGAAGAGUACGAAACCAUUUGAGCGUCACCCUAUCGAAUUUGCUAUUGAUGGGACGAACCGUUGGUGGCAAAGUCCAUCCAUCAAGAAUGGAAUGGAAUACCAUUAUGUGACAAUUACACUGGACUUGAAACAGGUUUUCCAGAUAGCCUAUGUGAUCGUAAAGGCUGCUAACUCGCCUCGUCCUGGUAACUGGAUCUUGGAGCGUUCAAUAGAUGGCGAGACCUUUGAACCGUGGCAGUUCUUUGCCCUAACAGAGACAGAGUGCCUGACCAGGUUCAACAUGAAUCCAAGGACAGGACCUCCAUCAUACAUGAGAGACGAUGAAGUUAUCUGCACAUCAUUCUAUUCCAAGAUUCACCCCUUGGAGAAUGGAGAGAUUCACACUUCUUUAAUCAAUGGUCGUCCCAGUGCAGAUGACCCUUCCCCGACCUUGCUGAACUUUACCUCUGCCCGCUACAUCAGACUGGUUUUUCAAAGGAUCAGAACGCUCAACGCAGACCUCAUGACACUGACAUUGCAUGACCCCAAAGAUAUUGAUCCCAUUGUGACAAGACGGUACUACUAUUCUAUUAAGGACAUUUCAGUUGGAGGGAUGUGCAUCUGUUAUGGUCACGCAAAGGCUUGUCCACUAAACAGUGUUUCCAAGAAAUUUAGCUGUGAAUGUGAGCACAACACAUGUGGCGAGAGUUGCGAUCGCUGUUGCCCUGGGUACCAUCAACAAGCCUGGAUGGCGGGAACCUUCGUCACUCGACACGUUUGCGAGAAGUGUAACUGCCAUGGGAAGGCUGAGGAAUGCUACUUUAAUCAGACUGUUGCGGACCUAUCCCUCAGCCUGGAUAUCAAUGGCCAGUACCGAGGGGGUGGAGUGUGUAUUUCAUGCCGUGACAACACGGAUGGUAUCAACUGUCAGAGCUGUGUUCCUGGCUACUAUAGACCUGCAGGAGUAAAUGCUGAGGAUGACAACCCCUGCAUCCCUUGCUCAUGUGACUCACAUGGUUCUGAUGACCAAACGUGUAUUGAGGACUCGAGCCAGGCAACACCUACUCAGCCACCAGGGUCAUGCCGUUGUAAGGAAGGGUUUGGCGGUCUGCGAUGUGACAGGUGCGCAAUUGGUUAUAUGGGCUACCCAGACUGUCAGCCAUGUAACUGCAGCAUCGAGGGAAGCAGCAACAGUGACCCGUGUACUUCACCCUGCAUGUGCAAGGAGAAUGUGGAGGGAGAGAAUUGCGGCCGCUGCAAACUGGGUUUCUACAAUCUGCAGCGUGACAAUCCACGCGGCUGCGAGAAAUGCUCUUGCAUGGGCGUAGCAAGCCAGUGCUCUGCCUCCACGUGGGUUUAUCAGAAUGAGAGCACACUAACAGGAUGGUACCUGAGUGGAGAUUCAGGACGGAGAGUUUGGCCUAUCCACAGAGAGACACCUCAAUAUCUAAGUGUCCAUCAUGCAGAUGUUGUGGACAACCUUGGUUCUGCUUACUACUGGAAUGCACCUGAAUCAUACCUGGGAAACAAGCUAUCAGCCUACGGAGGGAGUGUAGUCUACACUGUGUCUUACACAAUAGAUCAUCAGGAUCAUAUGAUUAGAGUCACUUCAGAACCAGACCUUAUCAUUGAGGGUGGCGGGAUCACGAUUGUGGACAGACAGUACGGUCAACCUGUGUAUCCGUCCUCACCGAGAACCAAUCGCAUCACUCUUCUUCCUGAGAACUUCAGGGUUUCGGGGACCGCUCAGCCAAUUAGUCGCAGGGACUUCCUGACCGUGUUGGCAAACAUGAGCAGACUGAUGGUCAGAACCUCCUACAGUACAGAAUCCAGUGCUGUGUACAGACUCCACUUAUUCUCGAUGCAAGUAAGUUAUCCUUCUGCAAAAGGAGGGAUAACAGCAUCGGCAGUCGAAAUGUGCUCUUGUCCACCUGGAUAUGCGGGAACAUCCUGUGAGGCUUGCAUUGCUGGAUUCCGAAGAGUGGAUGGGCACCUGUACAAUGGUGUGUGUGAAGUAUGUCAAUGUCAUGGGCAUGCCACACAGUGCCACCAGAUCACCGGUCACUGCCUGGACUGUUCCCACCACACCACAGGCCCCCAGUGUGAGACCUGCCAACCUGGUUUCUACGGCGACGCCACCCACGGGUCACCCACAGAUUGUCAGCCCUGUGCCUGCCCUCUCAAUGUGCCUAGUAACAAUUUCAGCCCGACCUGCCACCUUAGUGAGAAAGGAGAGCUGUUGUGUGACCAGUGUCAGACUGGUUACACCGGACCAAGAUGUGACAGGUGUUCCAACGGGUAUUAUGGACAACCCACUGUCCCAGGAGGCUCCUGCCAGCCCUGUGAUUGCCACGGUAACCUGGACCUGUCUAGACCCAGCAGCUGUGAUCCAAUCACAGGCCAGUGUCUGCUCUGUCGACAUGGCUACAGUGGCGUGGCGUGCGACAGCUGUGAUGACGGAUUCUUUGGGGAUGCCGCCACUGCCAAGAAUUGCCAACCCUGUCAGUGCCAUAUUAAUGGCUCCGUUUCCAAAGUCUGCAAUAAGGAGAGCGGUCGAUGCCAGUGCAAGGAAAAUGUGGUGGGACGGCAGUGUGACGACUGCAUGCCCAAUUACUGGUGGGAUGCUGAAAGACACGAGUGCGUGGCCUGUCGCUGCACUCACCUCGGCUCCGUCUCUCAACGCUGCGACGUUGAGGGCCGCUGUAUCUGCCGACCGGGAUUUACAGGCACGCGCUGUGAUCAGCGCCGCCAAGGUUACGAGAGACGGGAGACCCGGCGCCCGGUGGAGCGCGUCCCCGUGGAUGACGUACAACGGAGAUGGGGCGGGCCAUCUCGCUCAGGGGGUUGUCCUAGGGGGGCAUACUGGCCCAGUGCUGGGGCUCAGACAUACGGCCUCGCCACAGGUGGACAGUGUGUGCCCUGUCACUGUAACUCUUUUGGUUCCAAGUCGUUUGACUGCGAUGAAAACGGUCAGUGUCGGUGCCAGCCGGGUGUCACUGGACCAAAGUGUGACCGCUGCUCACGAGGAUUCUUCAACUUCCAGGAAGGAGGCUGCACACCAUGUCUCUGCGACCAUGUGGGCAAUAACUGUGACGCCAACACAGGACAGUGUAUCUGUCCUCCAAACACACUUGGUGAGAGGUGUGACCGCUGCGCCCCCAACCACUGGGGCCAUGAUAUCAUGACUGGAUGCAAGGAAUGUGGCUGUAGUGUGGUGGGCUCAGUAAAACAGCAGUGCAACGUCAACACAGGCUGUUGCCUUUGUCGUGACUCCUUCAGAGGGGAGAAAUGUAAUGAAUGUCAGCUGGGCUUCAGAGACUUUCCUCAGUGCACCCCAUGUCAGUGUAACCUCUUAGGAUCAGACACCGAGACUUGUGACCUAGAACGAAGAGUUUGCGCAUGUGCAGAUCGAACUGGCAAGUGCAGCUGCAAGGAAAAUGUGAUGGGUGACCACUGUGACCAUUGCAAGCCCAACUCAUUCGGCUUAUCCUUACAAAAUCCUCUGGGCUGUAGCAAAUGCUAUUGUUAUGGCCUGACAAAUUCCUGCACCGAGUCACAGGGACUCAUUAGGAUGUGGUUAACACUGAGACCAGAGCAGACAGUGCUUCCCCUAGUGGAUAAAAGUAGCAUCAUUGAGACUACAACAGGAGUGAGCUUCCAACACCCGGAGAUCCUCGCACACUCUGAGCUGGUCACUCAAGUUCUUUCCGAGCCUUAUUACUGGAAACUACCACAACAGUUCCGAGGCUCCAUGAUCACGGCAUACGGUGGUAAAUUGAAGUAUGCUGUGUACUAUGAGGCCAGAGAUGAAACUGGGCCCUCCUCAUAUGAGCCCCAGGUAAUUAUCAAGGGUGGUGCUAACCACAACAUCGUGAUGACGCGCCAUGUAACGGGACUCCAGAUUGGUCAGCUCACACGGCAUGAGAUUGACAUGACAGAGCAUGAGUGGAGGCACGCAGACGGACUGCCAAUGACACGCCAGGAUUUCAUGGACGUCUUGUUCUAUGUGGACUUUGUCCUCAUCAAGGCAUCACAUGGCAACCAGAUGAGACACAGCCGUAUUUCUGAGAUAAGUCUGACUGUGGCAGAAGCUGGUACACCAACCAGAGAGAGUGAGAAAGCUUACCAAAUAGAACAAUGUGAAUGUCCAACUGGAUACUCUGGACUGUCCUGUGAGGAGUGUUCAGCAGGUUUCUACCGCCUUCGCAGCGGCUCACACACAUCUGCUCCGGCCUCCAGAGUCCCCACUGCUGUAGGCAUGGGCAGCUGUGUUCAGUGCCAGUGCAGCGGCCACUCGUCCACCUGUGACCCUGACACGUCCAUAUGCCAGAACUGUCAAGACAACACAGAAGGAGAUCACUGUGAGAGUUGUGCUCCAGGAUUCUACGGCGUGGUCCGGGGAUUCCAUGAUGACUGCAAACCUUGUGCCUGUCCCCUUCCUAAUCCUGGGAAUAAUUUUAGUCCAUUGUGCGUCACAGAAGGUUAUGAUGACUACCGUUGUACAGCCUGUCCUGAGGGAUAUGAAGGAAAAUACUGUGAAAGGUGUUCCACUGGUUACCAUGGUAACCCACGGAUGCCUGGUGGUCGAUGCGAGGAGUGUAAGUGUUCCACGUGGGGUUCGUUGCCCGGACCGUGCGACCCGAUCACUGGCCAAUGCCGGUGCACGGUCGGAGUGUCUGGGAGAUCUUGUGAUCAAUGCAUGGAAAGGCAUGUGUGUGGACCAUCUGGGAUCAUCUCAUGUGACGAUGAGUGCUCAGGUUUGCUGAUCAGUGACAUGGACCGCUUGUAUCGCAUCAUCACUGACAUCACACUAACCACACCUCUGCCGCCCCCUUACAAGAUCCUCUACCGCUUUGAGAACAUGACCGAAGAACUCAAGCACAUGUUGUCACCUCAGAAAGCUCCGGAGAGAUUACUGCAGCUGGCCGACUCCAACCUGGGAUCACUGGUUGUUGAGAUGGACCAACUACACAGCAGGGCAACUAAGGUAUCUGCUGAUGGAGAACAAGUGGAAGACGAUUCCGACAGAAUUCAGAAGCGAGCUGAGAUUCUGGAGAAGUUCAUUAGGGACACACUGCUGGGAGCUCAAGACCUACAAUCCAAAGCUGAUGAUUUGAACCGUAUGCUGGCGCGCAAAGACGGAACGCCGGAAAAAAGUUUGAAGGAGAUGAAGGAGGAGAUUCAGGCCAUGCUGUCCGAGAUGAGGAAACGGCAUCUAGGAGGGAAGCAGAUUAUUGCUGAGGAAGAGCUCGAUCUGGCAGAAGAGUUGUUCCAAAAAGUGAAGAGGAUGUUUGGUAUUCCUCAUCAGGCCACAGAAGACCUUAAAGCAGAGAUUAAAGGCAAACUGUCAGACCAUGAAGGUAAACUUCAGGAAGCCCAAGAGCUUCUUUAUUCAGCUCGUGAGAAGACCAGACAAGCUGGCCUGUUAGCUGGACACAACCAAGCCAACCUCACAUUCUUGGAGAGGAAGCACGCAGCAGUCCUCGGGGUGAAACAAGAAGCACAAAAAGUCCUGGAGGAAGGAGAAAACCUCCUGGAUGAUGCCAACCAGCUUUCAGAUAACAUCAAUAAAGAGCUAGAGGAUGCUGAGGAGAUGAGAAAAGAUCUUGGUCCUCUUCAUGAGCAGUUGGAUGACAAAGUCCGGCACCUCACGGAUGGUUUAAGCGGCGGUGGCCUGGCUCAUCGUGUUCGCGCUGCUGAGGAUCACGCCCAACAGCUUAAUGAUUCCGCUGCAAUUUUGGAUGGAAUUUUAGCUGAAGCAAAGAAUCUCUCCUUCAACGCAACAGCUGCCUUCAAAGCAUACACAAACAUCAAGGCGAAUGUUGACGAAGCAGAGAAAGAGGCGAAGACGGCCAAACAGAGGGCGUCCGAGGCACUGGCAAUGGCUUUAGGCCCAGAGAUCCCAGUCAAGGAGGAAGCUGAAGGUGCCCUUCAGAAGAGUCUCAAGCUGCUUAACCAGGCUAAGCAACUUCAUAAUGAUGUCAAAGACAAUGCUGCGACUGUGUCUGGACUGAAGGGCAGAGUUAAAUCUGCAAGAGACCGAACCAAAGACCUGCUCAAAGCGGUGAAUGGAACCAUGACAACACUCAACGCUAUCCCCAAUGACACUGCUGCCAAGCUGGCGACAACAAAGAUCGUGGCCGCAGAGGCCAACGCGACAGCCAUCGACGUACUAGAACGCCUCGCGGCCCUGAACCUUCAGGUCAACGACAUACAGAAGAACUUCAGCCAACUGGCCGAUACGGUCAGCGCUGCCAACAAGAUGAUCCAGGACCCAGAGAAAAACACUAUAAUCCACGCUGCUGGAGCCAAAGUCAAGGAUUUAGAGGAUGAAGCUGAUAGGCUGUUGGAGAAGCUGAAGCCUAUCAAAAAGCUGGAGGACAAUUUGAGGCGAAACAUCUCACAGAUAAAGGAACUGAUCAACCAAGCCAGGAAACAGGCCAAUUCUAUCAAAGUGUCAGUGUCAUCGGGUGGUGACUGUCUGCGAAGUUACCGCCCCGACAUCAGGAAGGGCAGGUACAACACCAUCAUUCUCCACGUCAAAACCACCACGCCUGAUAAUCUGCUUUUCUACCUUGGUUCUGCCAAAUAUGUUGAUUUCCUGGCUCUGGAGAUGCGUAAGGGCAAGGUGUACUUCCUUUGGGAUGUGGGUUCAGGUGUGGGACGGGUGGAAUAUCCUCAUCUCACCAUCCAUGAUGGAAACUGGCACAGAAUAGAAGCUUUUCGAAACGGAUUGAACGGUACCAUAUUAGUGUACCCUCUAGAAGGUCCAAGGGCCGGCGUGGUUCCAACCCCGAACAGCGCAAACUCGCCCGUUACUUACACCAUCCUGGAUGUGGACCAGAACGCUUAUCUGUUUGUUGGCGGAAUACUUGGCACAAUCAAAAAAGCGGAUGCUGUGAGGACAACAACAUUCACUGGAUGCAUGGGAGAAACCUUCCUGGAUGGUAAACCAAUUGGACUUUGGAACUACAGGGACAGGCAGGGAGACUGUAAAGGAUGUGUUGUCAGCCCCCAGGCAUCAAACGGUGAAGGGACUGUCCAGCUGGACGGAGAAGGCUACGCCGCAGUGGGACGACCCACAAGAUGGAACCCGAAUGUUUCCAGCGUUACAUUCAAGUUCCGAACAUUUGCAUCGGAUGCACUGCUUAUGUAUCUGGCAACUGAAGAUAUGAAGGACUUUAUGUCCUUAGAGUUAGCGGGGGGCAAGGUAAAGAUGAACUUCGAUUUAGGAUCAGGAGUUGGCAACGCCAUAUCAGCUCACCGUCAGAAUGAUGGACACUGGAAGUCCCUCACUAUGUCUCGCAACAAGAAGCAAGCCACAGUUAGCAUCGUGGAUAUUGACACCGGUGCUGAGGAGAAGAUAGCGGCCACAUCUCUAGGAACGGCCACUGGGCUGAAUCUCAAGGAGAAGCAGAGCAUUUAUUUUGGAGGUCUGCCAACCAUUGGAAACUACAGCAUGAAAUCCAGGCCAGAAAUCACACUGAAACGCUAUGUGGGCUGCCUCCGGGAGAUUGAAGUAUCUCGAACUCCUUAUAAUCUCCUCAGUAGCUCCGAUUACACUGGGGUUACGAAAGGAUGUAAUGUAGAGAACCUGUAUACAGUGAGCUUCACCAAACCAGGAUACGUGGAGCUCGGUGGUCUAUCCCUGGCAGUAGGGACUGAAAUCAGCCUGUCGUUCAGUACCAUGGUGGAUACUGGCACCCUGCUGUUAGCAGUGGGUGGGCCACCGCCCAUCAGCCAACAGGUCCGUAACAGAAAUGGCGUCUCUAAGAGGAAACGCAGACAAUCAGGCGAGCCCUUCCUCUCAGUGAUGCUGAACAAAGGCUCUCUGGAGGUGUUGGUGUUUACGGGAAGCCACAGUCUGCGUCGUGUCAUCAGACGGCCCGAGCAAGGCAUCUUAAGUGAUGGAAGAGAACAUUCGCUGCGCAUCGAAAGAUUACCUGGCAGAUCUUUUGCAGUUCAAGUGGAUGAGGAGGCAAAGAGGGAGUCUCCACUCCCCAAUGACCAGCCAAUCAUCUUGCAGCGUGUGUUCCUCGGUGGUAUUCCUUCUGAGGUGGAGCGAACAUCCAACAGGGCCAAUGUCCCAUUCCAAGGAUGUAUAUGGAAUCUCAUGGUCAACUCUGUUCUGUCAGACUUCUCUCAGUCCGUGUCCUUUGAAAAUGCUGAGAUUGGACAGUGUCCCAGCCUUGCACCGCUCCUUCCUCUUCCUUAUCCAACAGAAGAGGCUGAGAAGGAAGUACCUGCAACCAAACCGCCAACUCCCGCCUUUGUUACAUCGCCUCCUGAAGUUCCUGCCGAUAUGUGUCCCUCAGCUGUGGCCCCCGUAGCACUGGAGCAGGCCUACCAGUUCGGACUGAGCAGGAACAGUCACAUGAUCUUUGCCUUUGAUGAUGCCAAAGUCAGAGAAAGGUUGAUAUUGGAGUUCGAGGUGAGGACACAGGAAGAGUCAGGACUGGUUCUCUACAUGGCCAGAAUCAACCACGCGGACUUUGUCUCGAUUCAGAUCAAGGACGGACAGGUGUGCUUGGGUUAUGACCUCGGUCAUGGCAAUACAUCUGGAUGCGUCCCCUUUUCCAUUAAUGAUGGCAACUGGCAUAAGAUCCGUGUGGCACGUAAUAAACAGAGAGCUCUCCUGGUGGUGGACGGACGGUACAGUAAACAGAUGAUCAGCCCCAAAAAGGCUGACCUGUUAGAUGUGGUGGGAAUGCUUUAUGUUGGUGGUCUCCCGAAAAACUAUACUACCAAGAGGAUUGGACCGAUUCUUCAGAGUAUCAACGGUUGCAUCCGUCGCUUGAAGAUGGUGGGAGGGCCUGUUAGCACAAAAGUUACUGCCCCAGGUCGUACUGAAGCGCUUACUGAAGACUUUAAGCUCGACAUGGAGACACCAACGUCUAGUCUCAUGGUCGGAAGAUGCUUUGCUGCCACUGAGGCAGGAACUUAUUUUGAUGGAACUGGCUUCUUGAAAGCAGUUUCAAACUACAGAGUAGGACUCGACGUCUCCAUUGCAUUUGAGUUCCGAACCAGCAGACUGAACGGCGUCCUUUUGGCCGUCAGUAACCAGGGCAAUGAUGGGCUUGGUCUCGAGAUUGUUCAGGGCCAACUGCUCUUCCACGUCGACAACGGCGCUGGACGCAUUACGGCGAUGCACGUGCCCGAUGGCGAUGGCUUCUGUGACGGUCGGUGGCACGCAGUUGUCGCUAACAAGGCUCGCCACAAGGUAGAACUGCUGGUGGACGGCAAGCAGAGCAAUGCCCAGAGUCCCAACGCACGCUCCAACACUUGUGACACCAAUGAUCCCAUCUACGUCGGAGGUUACCCAGACGGCGUUCGGCAGGCAGCUCUGUCCAGCCGAACAUCCUUCAGAGGUUGCAUGAGGAACCUGAAGAUCACCAAAUCAUCCAAGACAAUGGAGGUGCACUUCAACAAGGCUCUGGAAGUCAAAGGGGUUCAACCACUCUCAUGUCCCGCCAUCGCUGCGUAA